UGCUCCAUUAAACCUCCUCCAGAAUGAGAACUUCAAGCUCCCCUCUCUCAAAAUCUCUCUUCAUCAUCUCCAUCCUCAUCCUCCUCUCCCAACCUUCCCAUCAAGCAACUUCACCGUCGAUACCGCCACCACCGCCAUUUCUCCCGAACCCGAGACUUCUUAAGGCCUACUCCACUCUCCAAGCAUGGAAACAUGCUAUUACCGCCGACCCGACCAAUUUCACUGCUGAUUGGUACGGCCACAAUGUCUGCAACUACUCCGGCGUCUUCUGCGCUCCCGCCCCAGACGACCCCGACAUUCUCACCGUCGCUGGGAUCGAUCUUAACCAUGCCAACAUCUCGGGCACCCUGCCCGACGACCUCGGCCUCCUGACCGACCUUGCUCUGUUCCACAUCAACUCCAAUCGCUUCUGCGGCACCAUCCCAAAUUCCUUCCGAUACCUCACUCUCCUCUUCGAGCUCGAUAUCAGCAACAAUGACUUCUCCGGCGAAUUUCCCUCUGUAAUUCUCUCUCUCCCAGCUCUCAAAUUCCUCGAUAUUCGAUUCAACAAAUUCCAUGGCGAUCUACCUUCUCAGCUGUUUGACUUGAAACUCGAUGCUCUGUUCAUCAACAACAACGCUUUCAAAUUUUCCCUACCGGAAAACAUCGGCAAUUCCCCUGUUUCUGUUCUGGUUUUUGCUAAUAACAACAUCAAUGGCUGUCUCCCCUCUAGUUUAUCCAAUAUGAAUAACACACUCGAUGAAAUUAUAAUCACGAAUAGUGGGUUGAUUGGGUGUUUGCCGCCGGACAUUGGGUCGUUGAGCAAUCUCACCGUCUUCGAUGUCAGUGACAACAAUCUCGUCGGACCGCUGCCGGAGACGAUGGCUGGAAUGAUGAGAUUGGAGCAGCUAAAUGUCGCGCAUAACCAACUAUCCGGCGAAAUUCCGGCGAGUAUUUGCUCGUUGCCAAAAUUGCAGAAUUUCACUUACUCGUAUAAUUUCUUCUGCAGUGAGCCGCCGAUGUGCCUGAAACUUCAGGCCAGUGAUGACGAGAAAAAUUGUCUGCCGGAAAGGCCAUUGCAACGUUCACCGGAGGAAUGCAAAGCUUUCUACUCUUACCCUGUUGAUUGUGGCGUCUUUGGGUGUACUCAUCGGCCGCCACCACCGACAGCGCUUCCUCCGCCGCCGCCGCCACCUUAUUAGUGAUCGUCGUUAUGCAAAACUUAAUCACGAAAGGGUUUAUAGAAUCGGAAGUUAUUUUCAUGGUAUUACUAAUUGGUUUUGGGUUAUGUUAUUACUAAUUUUCUUACUCUUAAUUAGUGAUUAGCGAUGUGAUGUGUGUGUAAUUUGAUAGCCUACUAUAUA